GCUCCAGCCUCUAAGCCAGUCAAAACCUCUGUCUCUCCCACUUCACAACAACAGCUUCUUCCCCAGAAACAACAGAAACAACAGCAAAACCAGUCCUUUGAACGCGUAACUUCGUACGAGGGCAUUCCUAUGCCCCCAUCUCAGGUUCUCGCGUCGACUAAUCCGCGUAAACGUCGUUCGUCCCCUCCGCAAGGCUCAUCGGCAACAAUGGCCACCGCGCCUGGAGAUGACCCCGUGGCUGCAGCGCCAGACGCCACCCCAAGGAAAAAGGGAAGAACCAACACCCCGUGGACUGCAGAGGAGGAACAGAGAUUGAAAACGAUGCGUGAUGCUGGUCGCAGCUGGAGUGAGAUCGCCAAGACUUUCCCUAACCGAACUGAGGGUAGUGUGAAGAAGCAUUGGUAUAAGGACAUGCAUUAUGCGGAGUUUGCGGAAGACGAGUCGAUAGCCCUCCGAGACGCCAUCAAGGAAUAUGAGGCGAACAAAUGGAAAUAUAUUGGUCAGAAAGUUGGAAAGCCGGCCAAGGCGUGCGAGCAAUACGCAAAGGAGCAUUUCAAGGAUACUUAG